CCCAUACUCACGAAAAAAUACCCACACACACACACAGACAAGGAGAGAGGCACACACUGGUGUAAUUAAGAGGCCAUUGUUAUUUCGCUGACAAAAGUGAAAGAUGCCAUGAUGGAUAACGUCUAUGUUGUUGUUUUUGUCGCCUCCUUUUCGGCUUCGUCCUUUGCCUGUUGACACUUCAAAGUGCGACUGUAUGGAUAGACCCCUUUAUUUUUAGCAGUGCACACUUGUGGCCAGUUAAGCAGCCAGACUGACGCAUUGUUGUGGUCAUAAGUCAGCGUGUGGACAAAAAACCUGUGCACUGAGUUGAAAAUCUUAAAGAUAAAUAAAGACUAGAGGACUUUUCAAAGAGGAAGCCUGAACUUUGACCCCAAAACCGGCAACCGCAAAAGGCGGCAAACAAGCCAAAGCCAAAGACGAAGACGAAGACGAGGAGAGAAAGUCGGCGAGAAGAUGAUGAGCAGAACAGGACGAUUAUGACGCUGCCGGCGCCCAGCGAAGCGCGACUGAUGAAGCCCACUUAGAGGUGUCCCUGCUCCUUGGUCCUGCUCCUUGGUCCUCCUCCUCCUCCUCCUCCUCCUCCUCCUCCGCCGCCGCCACCCCAGCAGCAGCUUCCCUUUGGCUUUUCCUGCUCAUUUUCCAUUUCCCUGCUCCUCUUCGCAUGGACAGUGGUCAGCAGUCCUUGGCAACAUUUGCCGUUGACAGAGUGCUGGAACACGAAGAUGGAAAGCGGAGAGUGCAAAAAGGAAAAAUAUGAUUCAGGAGUUCGCCUGGUGGAAUACCUCGUACUAGUUUUCAUCUCUCGAUGCUCGAAACCGAAAUGAGACAUGACUUAUACAUAGCACUCACCACUUUCAGCUACUCCCUUAGAAGCAUUGUGGCAUUUGGAGAUUCCAAUAUACCCCUGUGCUUGCCAGCUACCGAGUGAAAAAAUCAAGGAGCAGCAGCUGUGUGAGUCAGUGGAUACGUGUGUUGGGCUACUUGGGGUCGUCUGGACAAACAUUACCCAUCGUCGGACACCACCGGACAUGACCAAAUGAAAAUGUGUAAGGCUGCCCCUGGCGAAGUCGUCGUCGUCGCCUCCGCCGCACAAUUAUUACUUCAACUUUUCAUUUGGUUCUCUCUAUCUUUCUCACUCUGCGGGUUUUUCUGGAGUCUGGAGGUGCUGCAGGAAACCAGGAUGGCCGGAUGGUCGGAUGGAAGGAUACUCCUGGCCACGGCUUGUAAUUUCGCUUCCUGCGUCUCAUUUUUCAUAUUUCAGCGCUUUGAGUGCCAUUUGGCAAACUGCACAACUGGAAACGGCAAAUGGCAGAAGGCAAAAGGCGACUGGCCAACAAGGGGGAAGGAUUGGCAUGGGUGAGUGUGGGACAUGUCCUUGUGCCAACAGACAAACCUCAAAGUGGAUUCUCGAAGGGAUUCUGCUAGCUAAAGAUGUUGACCACCAGGGUUACUUCUCUACAGAAGGGUAUUUGUCAUUCGGAUCACUUUAUUCAAGGUAUUUAAUGCUCCCAUUCUGA